UUCAGCCAGUCAGCAAUGGUUCGUCUAACCUAUGCUCUCGUCUGUGCCUUGUGUCUUCUGUUUACUGUAGCUAGUCCAGUGGCAAGAAGAGGUCGAAAUCCUGUAAGGUCUUUUCGUCGCAGAACAAAUAUUACUUGCUCUGCGUAUGGAAGAACAUUCCAGGACAAGGAACAUUACGAUAUUCCCGGUCAAUGUUCCAGGAAUGUCUGCAUGGGUGAGAACAUAUGGUCUCUGAAUCCAUGUGAUGACGUUGGAACACCUUUCGGUUGGACCUUAAUUCCUGACGAUCCGACGAAGCCAUACCCACAGUGUUGUGCACACGCGGUUCCUCCGCAGAGCAUUUUCCAAGACUUAGUGGACGAAAUUCAGUGGAAUGACAUCCAGGAGGAAUCUUAUGACAGCGGAGGAGUCAAUGAGGAGCUCCGCAACGAGCAGCCUCCUACUCAAGUGAGGAGUCAACCGGAAGUCAACUACGCAGUGGAGCCAACAGGAUGGUACAUGCUGGUCAUGGUGGACCCUGACACUUUAAGUAUUAAAGACUCUACAGUUAUGUUACACUGGAUUUUGGGUAACAUUCUAGGUGAUGAUGUCUCUAAUGGGGAAAUCGUCGCAGAUCACGUUGGUUCCGAAUCACCUCAAAGGAGGGGGUUUCACAGGUAUCUUAUCCUGCUUUACAAGCAGCAUGGGAAACUCACUUUCGAAGAUCCAAUAGUGUCAAACACUACUGAGAAUCGUCACAAAUUCUCAAUCCAAGACUUUGCAGAAAAAUAUGAAUUAAGUAAUCCCGUGGCCCUAAAAUUAUACCAAGGUUAGUUGCCAUAUCCACAAGGAACUGAGAUUCCAAAAUUAUUGACGAAAUGAAUUGUUACUAAAUGGGAAUUUUUAGAUAAAUAUGAAUCCUCAUAAAGUUUUAAAUGUUAUUUCUGUGCGAGGAAUUAUGGAAGAUGACUGAUAAAAAAAUUAAUACUCAUCAAUACUCAAUUAAUUAUUUUGCAAUGUUUGUACAAAAUACUUCCUUUUUUAUAAUUAACCAAGGCAAUCGUGUUUCCAGUUUAGUAAAAAGAAGUAUGUAGGUUUUGCUACCGAUAAAAUAUUAAUAAUAGAUUAUUUUUAUAAAUAUCUCAAAAACUGUUUGUUACUAAAAAAAUUACAUUUAUACUAACAAAAUAUUUUGGAAAUGUUAUAUGCAUUCCAAAAAAUUCCUCACAUUUUACUCAGUUCAUAAAUAAUGAAGUUUUAAAUUCUAGUAAAUUUCAAGUGCCUCUGUAUUGACAAGAGAAAGCUGACCAAUGAAUUUGGCUGAGAUAUUUAUAAGAUUAUUUUAUUUUUACUUUUUUUUUAAGAUUGAACUAGCUUUUAUUUCACCAGGUUUUGGUGAAUAGCGGGGUUGUUACUUUUUAAAGUUUAAAUGGUCGCUAUAUUGAAUCAAAGCAGUAUAUGAAUUUGACCAAUGAACAUUUGUAUAUAAAAAAUACUGCACGCAAACCCAUACCUCGGCUAAGCCCAUUGCCCAGUUUGGUUAUUACUGAAAACAUAUGUUCCAGUUUGCGAACAUUACAGAUGCUUAUUUACCAUAAAAGCUUUUAUUGAAAGAUUUUUACAAUCCUAGCUCUUAUUUUGGAUAUUCCUUUUAUCAUUUACAUUUUGAUUUAGUUAAAACUUGAAUUGAAGGUUUUUAAUUCACAAAAAAAUUAUAUUUUGCUAAAUAUUUAUUAACGUGUGCAGGUAAUAGGUUGUACACUACUAAAAUAAUGUUUCACUUUUUUAUACUUAACAAUUAAUAUUAUUUAUCAGUAUUGGCCUUGUGUCCUGUCAAAUAUUUGUGACCUUCUCAGCCUAGCAAUGAUCUUUACCAUAUGUACAUGUAAUUCUAGAACUCAAUUUAUGGCAUAAACUACAUUAAAUUAAUGAUUAUUAUUUUAAAUAAAUGAAAGAUAGUGGCGUUAAUACGAACCUGGUAUGUGAAUGUGACAUGUUCCAUCGAUGUGCAGCUCACGCGCAUCUUCCAUUAGCUCAAUGAAAUGAUUGUAGACGAUAGUAAUAUAUAUCACCAUCAGAGUCAUUGAUGUGCAUGAGAUCGAAUUAUUGGUCGUCCAGGGUACGAAAUAAUCAUGAUCUGGCUGGUUUAUUUAUUUUACGAACAGUUGAUUUAAUUUAAUUUAGUACAACACAACUCAUGAAUCAGUAUGACUACAAAAUCAGUGUGGUCAGUAAGCUUAUCAGAGUAACUAAGAAUAGAGUUAUCAUUGCAGCAAAGUGAGUGUUAAUAUAAUAAAAACACCACUAAAUAAAUUAUGUCAGUGUAUAUAAGGCUUAAGAGUAAACAACACUAUUUAAAAGCUGUUGUAAAAAAAGGAGGCGAAGCGCUAACCACUAGCACUGAUUUAUAUGAAUCAACAAGGUAUUUUACAAAAUAAAUUAAUAAAUUAUAUAUAUAACAACAAGAAAAAAAUAGAAAUAACAACGAGAGUAAACAAUAUACUAUACGAAAUUAAUAAGAUUCAUAGAUGAUAAAAAACUGUAUCCAUUCCUCUUAAGAAUCAAGACAUUUUGAUAGUUUAAUGCAAUAAAAAUUUACUAAUUAUCUGAAAAGUAAUAAGAAAUUUAUAAUUUUAUUGCUCUUGUUGAUAUUUGUUUACAAAAAUACAGAUUUUUUUUAUUUCAGUAGUCAAUGUCAUUUCUCUUAGUUGCUUUCCUUAUCCACUGAACUUACGGAAGUGAUUUUGUGUCACAAAGAGUUGUUCUUAAUGUUCUAGUUUUCAAAUAUACGUUCAAAUAUAAAUACCGCAAAGUUCUUUUUACAGUUAUGUGUAAUUGUCUUAUUUAUUAAAAGGUGACAAAACACAAUAGAAUUGAUUUGCAAUUGUUAUUUAUAACCAAAACAGAAAAUAUCUAGUAAUUGUACUACUAACUUGACAUAACGGUUUGAUACAAAAUCUAGCAAUAAUAUUGUUCUAUUUGGUUUUAUUAAAACUUUUAGUAGAGUUUCAAAUGUAUGUAAUCUUAUUGAAACCAGAGUUAUGGCAAACAAUGUUGGUGCCGCUUAAUCCACACCUUAACCAUUAAUAAUUGACGGUUGUGUUCAAUCAGCUUAUAAGUCUCGUACACACAAAAAGAACUAUAUACAUCUAUGACCAAAAUGUUUAUUAUACCUUUUUAUCUAUGUUUGUUAAAUUAGUUAAAAUAUUUCAAUACACUUUAAGAAUAAUAUUACAUACAUUUACAAAGCAAUAUUUUUAUUACAAUUAAUUAAGGCAUUUUUAUAAUUGGUUUAGUAAGUAUUUACAAUUUAGAAUAAUCUUAUACUGAAUUUUGGUUAGCCUACUGUAAAACUUGUAGAGCCAUUUCUUUCAAAUAUAAUGAAAUAAAAAGUUCAA